AUGGCCCCGGCAGCCGCGGGCAGCCCCCGCCGCUCGGGGCACUCUGCCCGGGCCCCUCGCAGCCGCUCCGGAGCGGGCGGCGGCACGGCCAGCACUAGGCACCAGUCACCUCCGUGCCCUCACCUGCUCCCCGGACACUCCCAGCCCCGGGGCAGCCCUGCCCCUGUCCCUGUGCCUGUCCCCGGGCAGGUCCGGCCGUGCGGCAGCGCCGGGGCGGCUCGGGGAGCGCAGCCCGGCCGGGCGGGACGGACGGUGCUGCUCCGCCUCGCCGCGCUCUGCAGGGGCAGCGGCCGCGCCGAGACCCCCGCCCGGCCCCCCUGCCCCGGCCCCGCUCACCUGGGGGUCCCGCUGCAGGCUCCCCGCGGACGGGGGAUCUGCGGCGCCGGGGGUCCCGCCGCGCCCCGUCCCUCUCCCAGGAUCCCGCUAGGGACAAGUGCCCGCGGAGCCCUCACCUCAGCUCACCUCAGCUCACCCCACCGCAGGGGCCGCCCGGCCCCCCAAGAGCCGCGCCGCAGCCCCCCGCGCCGCGCCGCCCCAGCACGCCGGCACCCUCCUCCCCCGCCGCGGCUCCCCGCCCAGAGCAGACCCCGGGAAACGCCUACCGCAGCUCCUGCCCCCGACCCCCGCCGCCAGCCAGGCGCCCCCCUCCCCCGGGAGCCGCUGCCACCCCGCCCGCGGGGGCCCGCAGCCCUCGCCGAGCAGAAGCCAUCCCGCAGCGGCUGCGGACAGCGGCGCGGGGGAGCCACAAGGUGGACGGGAUUCCCCCUUGUAACGGUACCAUGA